GCUCAGGAGGCGUGCGGUCCGUUGGAGAUAGAAAACGCUCUGUCCACUGUACGAGGUCUGGAGAAGGAAAUCCAGGAGGCCAAGGCUUCAGCUAAGGCGGGGAUACUGAAACCACUGCCAGGAGAGACGCUGGAGAAGUCCUCUCAGGAUCUGGGGAGCAGCACUAAGGCAGUGAGCUCAGCCAUGGCCCAGCUGCUGAGCGAGGCCACGCAGGGCAACGAGAACUACACCGGCAUGGCAGCCAGAGAUGUGGCCCAGGCCCUGAAGUCUUUGGCCUCGGGGGCCCGAGCCGUCGCCGCCACCACCGAAGACCCGGCGGCACGCAACGCCAUUCUGGACUGCGCCGGAGACGUCAUGGACAAAUCAGCCAAUCUGAUUGAAGAGACCAAGAGGGCCAUCGCCAAGCCCGGAGACCCAGAGAGUCAGCAGCGACUCGCCCAGGUGGCUAAGGCAGUGUCUCAGGCCCUGAACAGGUGUGUGAACUGCCUUCCUGGUCAGAGGGAUGUGGACAACGCUAUCCGAACUGUGGGCGAAGCCAGCAAGGCUCUCCUGUCCAACUCUUUCCCGUCCAGCGGCAGAAGCUUCCAGGAGGUUCAGGGUCAGCUCAACCAGGUGGCGGCCGGUCUGAACCAGUCUGCCAACGAGGUGGUGCAGGCCUCCAGAGGGACCACGCAGGACCUCUCCCGCGCCACCAGCAAGUUCGGACAGGACUUCAGCAACUUCCUGGAUGCUGGUGUCGACAUGGCGGGAACAUCCCAGUCUAAAGAGGACCAGACCCAGGUGGUGUCCAACCUGAAGACCAUCUCCAUGUCCUCCAGCAAGCUGCUGCUGUCGGCCAAAGCCCUGUCCACUGACCCCAGCUCCCCCAACCUGAAGAACCAGUUGGCAGCCGCCGCUCGGGCAGUGACAGACAGCAUCAACCAGCUCAUCACCAUGUGCACUCAGCAGGCUCCGGGUCAGAAGGAGUGUGACAACGCUCUCAGAGAGCUGGAG